UAUUUUCAGCCGGCGCAUGUUCUAGAACUUUACUUACGGAUCAUUCAACUGUUUCCUUUGAGCAUUACUAGAAGCUACAAUGGCAUCGUUAGUUUUGGGUGGCGAAAGAACUUCUGGAAAAGAUAUUAGAGAACAAAAUGUCAUGGCAGCAUGUUCAAUUGCAAACAUAGUGAAGUCUUCACUUGGUCCUGUUGGUCUUGAUAAAAUGUUAGUAGAUGAUAUUGGUGAUGUUACUAUAACAAAUGAUGGUGCAACUAUUUUGAAACUCUUAGAUGUGGAGCAUCCUGCUGCAAAAAUACUUUGUGAACUUGCAUAUUUACAAGACCAAGAAGUAGGCGAUGGGACAACUUCUGUUGUCAUUAUUGCUGCAGAACUUUUAAAAAAUGCCAGCAACUUAAUAAAAUACAAAGUACACCCAACUAUUAUCAUAAGUGGAUACAGAAUAGCUUGUCGAGAAGCAUGUAAGUAUAUUCAGGAAAAUCUUGCAAUAAAAACAACUGAUCUUGAUCGAGAAGCCAUAUUAAAUUGUGCAAAAACUUCAAUGUCUUCAAAAUUAGUAGGUGUUGAUUCAGAGUUCUUUGCAAAUAUGCUUUUGGAUGCUGCAUUGGCUGUAAAAAGGACAGAUAGUAAAGGACAGACUAUUGUACCUAUAAAAUCAAUAAAUAUUUUAAAAGCUCAUGGCGGAAAUAUGAAGGAAACAAUUUCUGUUCCUGGUUAUGCUCUUAAUUGCACUGUGGCCUGUGAAGGUAUGCCAAAGAAAAUUGUAGGAGCCCGCAUUGCUCUCUUAGAUAUGAGUUUACAAAAAUCUAAAAUGCAUAUGGGAGUGCAAGUUCUUAUUCAAGAUCCCGAAAAGUUAGAUGCAGUAAGACAAAGGGAGAUGGAUAUCACAAAAGAAAGGAUUGUGAAAAUUAUUAAUACUGGAGCUAAUGUUAUAUUGUUAUCAGGUGGAGUUGAUGAUCUUUGUAUGAAGUAUUUUGUAGAAGCUAAAGUAAUGGUUGUUCGAAGAGUAAAGAAAAUUGAUUUAAAAAGAAUUGCUAGAUCUACUGGUGGUACAGUAUGUUUAUCUUUGGCAAAUUUGGAAGGCGAUGAAAGUUUUGAUGCAUCUCUGCUUGGUCAUGCUGAAGAAAUAAGUCAAGAUAGAAUCUGUGAUGAUGAAUUGAUCUUGAUAAAAAAUCCAAAAACAAAAGCAGCUGCAUCAAUUAUAUUACGUGGAGCAAAUGAUUAUAUGGUUGACGAAAUGGAAAGAUCAAUUCACGAUGCACUCUGUAUCUUGAAGCGAGUAUUGGAAUCAAAAUCUAUUGUUCCUGGUGGUGGAGCAGUUGAAGCAGCUUUAUCGAUAUACUUAGAAAAUUUUGCAACUUCAUUGUCAUCUAGAGAACAGCUCGCUAUAGCUGAGUUUGCUAAUUCUCUUCUUGUUAUCCCCAAAACGCUCACAGUUAACGCUGCAAAAGAUUCUGUUGAUCUAGUUGCUAAGUUACGUGCUUAUCACAACGCUUCACAGGUUGAUACCAACAAGAGUCAUCUAAAGUGGUGCGGUUUAGACUUGGUUAACGGUGUAAUACGAGAUAAUAAAAAAGCAGGUGUUUUGGAACCAACUAUGAGCAAGAUAAAGUGUUUAAAAUUUGCUACAGAAGCUGCCAUAACUAUUCUACGCAUUGAUGACCUAGUUAACAUUGAACCGAACAAAAAGGAAAAUACAAAUACAUAUCAAAAUGCUCGGGCUGCAGGACGUCUCUAAACUUUAAUGAUCUUUUUUUCUAAAAGAAAUCUCUUAAGACUUUAGAAAAUUUUUCAAAAAAUGGUUCCGUAAA